GUCAUUUUAUAUAUGGCCGCGAAUCAAAAAAAAAAUUCCUCUUCACUUCACCGUCGGUGUAUAUCUGUUUAUUGUUUUGUUUUAAUUUUUCUUUAAAAAAAAUCAUAAAAUUGCAUUUAAUAAAGUAAAAAAUAAUGUCCCCCAAAUACAAUUAAAAACAAUUCAAGUGUUCCACAGUAUUUUUUCAGUGAAAAGUCCACUAACCAACCAAAAACUCAAAAGCGACUCAACACAAAAUAAGUGUUUCUUUUUUUUUAAACCUAAAAAGAAUUUUCCAAUCUGCAAAUCAAACUGCUUUGCAAACACCCGCCAGAAUGUCUACAAAUGAUUUUAUAGAUGAUUUCAUCGAAGAAUACAAAAACCAACCAUGUCUAUGGAAAGCCAAUUCUACAAACUAUAAAAAUCGAGCUCGGCGCCAAGAAGCUUAUAUGAAAUUAAUUGAAGUCGCCUCAAAACACGGCGAACUAUACAACAUCGAACGUACCAAACAAAAGAUCAACAACCUUCGGUGCGCUUUCAGACACCAAUUAAAAAAAUACACCGAAUGUAAAAAUAAUAAUAAAUCUGGCAAAGAAGAAUCCUAUUGCCCCAAACGACGUUAUUUCGAGAGUUUAAUGUUUCUGAUGGAAGAAGAAAAACCUGCCAAUCGCAUAAAAUUGGCUGAAAAAUUAAAAGAAAUGAAAAUGACAAAAGUAAUUACCACUCGCAAAGAAAGUCCACCGACUGCUGUUGUUUUUAAAAACAAAUUGCCAGUUAUUAAACCUGAGCAAAUGGAUAUAACCAUUGAAACUAUAGAAGCAUCAAAUGGCGAUGAUGAACAACAACAACAACAUCAUCACCAUCAUCAACAGGAGGAAGAAAUCAUUGAACUGGACCAAGAAGAAACCGAACACCAUCAAAUUGAACAUGAUGAAUUGCAACAACAAGAAGAGUCUCAGAAUUGCCACUCGGAAGACAUAUCCGUGGCUGAGGAAUCAGUCAAGGAUUCCGGCGGAGUGGUUUACCACACUGAUGUCCAACACAGUGACGAAGAAGAGGAGCAAUUCAAAAUCAUUUGGCCGGUUAAUCAAUCGUCCAAGCCAAUAGAGACGAUUCAAACGAAUUAUAUUCGUAUGGCUCCUCCACAUUCGUCGUCGACACCAUCGACGCCGCCAACGACUACACCAAUUAUUACGUCUGUUAGUAGUUCAGGUCAAUCGGCACCGAUGACAACGACAAUAAUUCAUCAUGAUCUCUCAAAUUCAGUUCACAAUUCCAACUCGUCGGCGGCAACUCAGAUUGCUUUGCCAUCGUCGAUUACAAUUCAACCUGUUCCGAAGCAAGGAAGUAGCGAUACUUCGGAGGGAGGGGGUGGAAAUAGUGGUGGUGGACAACAACACUCUGCCAUUCGACGAAGAACGAUCUCGAUUUGUUCCAACAAAUCUCAAUCGCAAUUAAGUACCACCGCCACUGAAAACUAUGAAGUCGCUCAAGAUCCAUCUCCACCGCCGGCGGCGAAAAAGGUUAAAAUCGAUUGCACGUCGAGUGAUUUUGAGAAGUUGCUCACGCUGGCGUGUAGUAAAAUGAAUGCUCCAGAAACUCAACCAGAAGAUAACUUUUCGAUGUUUGGGAAGAUUGUGGCGCAUAAAGUGCGUAAUAUGGAUCCACAGCAGGCGAUGUUCGCCGAAAAGAUUAUCUAUGACAUUCUCUUUGAAGGCCAAAUGAAACAACUCAAAUAUCCUUAUCCGACGGCGACGUAUGGUUCGGCGGCUUCAAUGCCAGUUGUAUCUCGUUCAACUAUGUAUCCAAUAAGACAUAGUGGUAGUCAAGCGGCAACAAUAGUUGCGACAAGUAGUCAGCAGCAGCAUCAACAACAGCCACAAACUUUUGUUAUAUCGUCGGUAGAUUGUCAUGGAGCACCGACAGAAAUUCAUGCAACAAGUUCGUCUCAUCAGACACAUUAUUCGUCGCCGCAGGGUGGUCAUUAUACAACUACAACGAUUAAUGAUGAUGUUGAAGAUUAGCUCUCGCAAAACAUUCGUCCUUAUGAAGAAUAAUAAUAAUUGUCUUUUGUCUCCCUUCAACACACACAAAAAAUAUAUAUAGAGCCUACGUAUAUAAAAAUGUAUUAUUUUAUAAGAAAAAUAAAAAUUAACGAAAUUUUGGCAUAGAUUUGAUUUAUUCGAUUAUCAUCCAUACUUUUUUUUAUUUUCCAAAUCGAUU